UGCAUUCAUAUCAAAGAGCAAGAAACACUCACUCUAACCCUAGUUUACUACUUACACCUCUCCCAUAUUUUUAUUUGAAAAAAUGGAAGCCAAAGCAAUGAUAAUUGGUGCAGGCCCUGCUGGUCUAGCUACCUCUGUCUGUCUUUCUCAUUUUUCCAUUUCUAAUAUUCUUCUUGAAAGAGAAGAUUGCGCUGCUUCAUUAUGGACGAAACAUUCUUACGAUCGCUUGCAUUUACACAUCGGAAAAGAGUUUUGUGAGCUUCCAUAUUUCCCUCACCAAACCAAAACGUCAACAUUUAUGCCCAAAAAUAGGUUCAUAGAAUAUAUAGAUAAUUAUAUAUCAUUUUUCGAUGUAAAUCCCCGUUUUAAUCGUUGUGUUAGGUCGGCAUUUUUUGAUAAUGAUUCUAAAAAAUGGAUCAUUGAAGCGAAAAAUAGUGUUUCUGGUGAAAGUGAAAUUUAUUUUGCUGAAUUUUUAGUUGUCGCUACUGGCGAAAAUAGCAAAGGUUUUAUUCCUAAGAUUUCUGGAAUGGAUACUUUUCUUGGAGAAAUUAUUCAUUCUAGUGAGUAUAGAUGUGGGGCAAUUUAUGAAGGUAAAAAUGUAUUGGUUGUCGGCUCUGGAAAUUCUGGCAUGGAAAUUAGCCUUGAUCUUUCAAAUUAUGGUGCAAAUACUUCCAUUGUUGUUAGAAGCUCAUUUCAUGUGGUUACAAGAGAAAUGGUAUAUUUAGGAAUGUUACUAUUAACCUUCGUAAAUCUUCCUUUAAGAUUUGUGGACAUGUUGAUCACUUUUCUCUCAAAAGCAAUGUAUGGUGAUUUGUCGAAGUAUGGACUCCAUCGACCCUCUAUAGGACCAUUUGCAAGUAAAAUUCUAACAGGAAAAGCUCCCGUUAUUGAUGUUGGAACUGUCAAAAAGAUCCGUUCUAAAGAGAUUAAGGUUGUUCCUGCAAUUACAAAUGUGAAUCAUACUACAGUGGAGUUCAGCGAUAAUACUAUGCAACAUUUUGAUGCGAUCGUUUUAGCGACGGGUUAUAAAAGCAUUGCAAAUGAAUGGCUUAAGGACUAUCAUUACAUUCUUAAUGAAGAAGGGAUGCCCAAAAAUAAAACUCCUAACCAUUGGAAGGGUGAAAAUGGAAUAUAUUGUGUUGGGUUUGCUAAGAAUGGUAUUCCCGGAAUAUCCAAGGAUGCAAAAGCAGUAGCCGAGGAUAUCCAUGCCAUUUUAAGCAACCAAGUUAGUAAAUUUGAAGUUUAAGACGAUAGCUUUUUAUGUUCG